AUGACUGCCGUCGGAAUGCCCGUUGUUAUGUUCCCCAAAGAAGAGUUUAUCGUCUACUCUGACUCACAAGCCAAGCGGACCUCCCCAAACAAUGGCCGGAAGCAGAUCUCCAGAUCCACCAACAGCAGCUUCUCCAAGGCCACCCCCAAGGCCCUAGUGGUAGGCAAGGAGCACAAGGCCAAGAGCAGCCUGCUGUUUACCACCAGCCAGAAGUUCCAGAAGAGUCCAGGGCACGGCCUGGCCACCUACAGGGACAUGGACGUGGCUCGGUCAGUCAACAAGAUUCCCAUGCCCAAGAGCCCCGUAAAGAGUGGGACUGUGCAGGACGGCUUUCAUGAUGAGAGCCCCGAGAAGCUGGACCCCAUGGAGCAGGGGUCGGAGGACAUAGCAGCCCCAGAGGUGGUGGCUGAGAAGCCGAUCGGGGCCCUACUGAGCCCAGGGUCCACCAUGUCCACGGGUCUAGCCGUGAACGGGAAUGGCAUCUCCCGGUUCAUGGCCUUGCUGAUGACCAAUUGCACGAGCCCACUGCAGACGUCAGUUAUGAGCGUGAAAGCUGGGAAGAAGAAGUUCAUCAAGGAUAGGCGAGACCAGCCCUUUGCCAAGCGGCUGCGCUUCAGCGUGCGACAGAGGGAGAGCGCCUACAGGUACCGGGACAUCGUGAUCUGGAAGCAGGAUGGCUUCACCCUCAUCCUGGUGUCCACCAUGUCAUCCAAGAGCAACUUGCUGAACCCGGAGGGCCAGGACUUCCUUUAUUUCAUCCGGCGCCUGCCGGAUGACCGCAAGAGGGAGAGCUCCAGGAUGGCCGAGGCCAACAGAAAUUUUGUGAACACCUUCAUCCAGUUCAAGAAGCCUAUUGACGUAGCUGUGAAUGGCCGGCCAUUCGGCUAG